GGUCUAAUAAGGUUAGUUUGCAACUUCUCAUCACAGGCUUUGAGAAGGAUAUUUGUAUAAAUGGGUAGCUUCUUGAACAUCAGUACAUUUCUCUUUCACACACUUUCUGUUCUCUCCUCUUUCUACUGAUACUCUCUUUUCCACAUCACCAUGGGUUUACUUUCUUACGUUGUUGUCACUGGUGUUGGUGCCGCAAUCACUGCAACUGGAGUCGGUGCCCCGAUCGCCGCUUAUAUGGGCUUUUCCGCUGUUGGACCCGUCGCUGGAAGUCUGGCCGCGGGGGCGCAAUCGUAUGUCGGUGCCGUAGCAGCAGGAUCCAUCUUUUCUGCUUUGCAGGCGGCUGCUAUGUCACCUUUUACUCCUUGAGCACUGCCCUUGCUUGACACCGGUUUUUAAACCAUCAAACUCUUCUUUCCAUACAUGUAAUUCUAUCCUUGAACUAUAUUGUACGUCUGUCAUUGUUUCUGUGUAUAGCACAGCAGCACACGAAUUUUUUUCUCGAUCAAUAAAACAAUGAAAUCAAAUCAUUUAA